AUGCAUCGAUCUACCUUCUCCCAGCAACCUCAUGAGCCCACAACGCUUGCCCGUUUCCAGCUCGCGAAAUUCUCCUACACCACCCUAUCUAUCAACCACAGAGGACCAUUGACUUGGAGCCAUGUUUUUGGCAAUGGAGAUCUAUUCGGGGUAUUCGAGAGCUAUGCGGCGCUGUCCUCUACGAGAGUACUGUUUAGGGUUGUUCAUAAUGGCUGGGAGACGCUGGUUCGACGUUUCCAAGUCAAAUUCUCCUCUGACCGUGAUUUCUAUUCUGUACUGGCUACCUUAAGCGACAUCAACUGUCCUUUUGCGGAGUCAAAUGUUAGCUCUGUGCGGCCAAUGAGCGGACCAACUUCAUCGCUCUUGAACCUUGGGCAAUUUGAUCCUGUUUCACGGUCACAGCACUGCCCUUCCACCGUAACUGAGAAUUCCACGUCAGUUAUUGGCAUGGCACUACCGUACCGAGCAGCUACCACAUCCAGCACAACUGCACACCCUUCAGAUGCAGUGUUUCCGACCUCGUUGUCAGGCUCUACGACAAUCAGUAGCACAAGCCGCCAAAUCAGCACUCUGGGUGGCAUCUCCAGGACGCCCUUCGGAUCCACAUCCUCAAGGCCCAAUGUUCAGCCCUCGAACACAGACGCCGAUCCAUUUAAAAGACCAUGUACUUCCAUAGCCAGCUCUGUUAAUGAGGUAGACAACAUACCGCCAGCUAGCCCUAGCCAAGCUACGGGUACCGCCGAGGCCUCAUCAUCACCCCCCAAAACCAAGAAAGCGGCUUCAACCAAACGCGCUGCGAAAGGGAGAAAACCCCCCAAGAAAGACCAUACCGUACUACCCUCAGCACCUCCCGAAGACCUGACUAAGAGCCCUGAUCAACAAACCACAACUACUACAGCUACGGCGAAGACAACUUCUACUCCCGUAGUCCCUUUCGAAAAUGUAGGCCUCCCAGCACCAGCAAACUUGGCCAAAUACACGUCAGAGCCCGCUGCAGACCGAACUGCGAGCCUACAAGCGUGGCUCUGUGCGCACCUUGAGGAUCCCAACUUCCUCCAGCUUUGUGAAGAUAUUGAAGGUAUUGCCGAGCGGUAUUAUCUGGGUGAGAGAAGAGAAUGGUAA